UAGGUGGCUCAAUCCUUCCUACUCAAAGAGAAAUAUUUAAUUUUAGUUAAAAUUUUAAAAAAGUUGUUAACUUGUUGUGUAAAAUUACUUCAUCUACUAUUGGAACAAUAUUGAAACUCAAAAGCAACAUUUAUGGGUUAGAUUAGAUAUUAGUCUUGUAUAUCAAUCUUUUCCAACAAAAUUCGAAUGUUGUCCUGGUCGAUUCAGUUCAGGUAUGGAACUGUGUAUGGCUUCCAGAUUAGCAUGACCAUGGUUUUAUCAAUCAGGCCUCAUAUAAGGCGAUUAUUAUAUACAGCAUCAACCAUUGCUCAUGAUGAACCCAGGGUCCUCCUAUCUUUAGAUCAAAGCAAAGAUCACUUACCUCAAAAGAUCAACAAUGUCACUCAAGUUAAUAUGCUUGAAGUUAACUCAAAGUUGAAAGAACUGGUCAAAACCGGUUUUUUAAAAGAUGCUCGCCAAAUGUUUGAUAAAUUGCCUCACAGAGAUGUAGUCUCAUGGACCACGAUGAUUUCUGGCUAUGUCAGUGCAUCUGAUUCCUCCCAAGCAUUGUCUUUGUUUUCGAAAAUGUGGGUUCAGCCAAAUUUCGGACUAGACCCGUUUGUGCUUAGUGUUGCGCUCAAGGCUUGUGGACUCGGCUUGAAUGCGAAACAUGGAGAAUUGUUACAUGGGUAUUGUGUAAAAACUGGUUUUGUGAACUCUGUUUUUGUGGGUAGUGCCCUUCUUGAUAUGUAUACGAAAAACGGAAGAAUUUGGGAUGGUUGCAGGGUUUUCGAUGAAAUGCCUCUUAGAAAUGUGGUUUCGUGGACUGCCAUUAUAACGGGGCUUGUUCAUGCUGGUUAUAAUAAUGAGGGUUUGAGAUACUUUUCUGAAAUGUGGAGAGUAGGUGAGGACUAUGAUUCCUACACAUUUGCUAUUGCGUUGAAGGCUUGUGCUGAUAAAGGUGCUUUGAAUUAUGGGAGGGAAAUCCAUACUCAGGCAAUGAAGAAAGGCUAUGAUGUGAGCUUGUUUGUCGCUAAUUCUCUUGCUACUAUGUACAACAAGUGUGGGAAAUUAGAAUAUGGCUUGUGCUUGUUUGAAAGGAUGGGUACUAGAGAUGUGGUUUCAUGGACCAUAAUUAUAACGACAUACUUUCAGAUGGGUCAAGAAGAUCAUGCUGUUCGAGCAUUCUUGCGAAUGCGAGAAUCAGAAGUGUGUCCUAAUGAAUACACUUUCGCAGCCGUCAUCUCUGCUUGUGCUAAUCUUGCAAGGAUGGAAUGGGGUGAACAGCUACAUGCCCAUGUUUUAGUUGUAGGUCUUUUGGACGCUUUGUCAGUGGCAAAUUCUAUCAUGACCAUGUAUUCAAGAUGUGGACAUUUGAAUUCAGCUUCAAUGGUAUUUCAUGAAAUGAUGAGAAGAGACAUUGUUUCUUGGAGCACUAUAAUUGCAGGGUAUGCUCAAGGAGGCUAUGGUGAGGAAGCUUUUAAUUUUCUGUCAUGGAUGAGAAGGGAGGGACCCAAACCCACUGAGUUUGCUCUUGCUAGCAUGUUAAGUGUUUGUGGAAAUAUGGCCAUUCUUGAACAAGGAAAGCAACUCCAUGCUCAUGUCAUGUCCAUUGGAUUAGAGCACACAGCCAUGAUACAAAGUGCUUUGAUCAACAUGUAUUCCAAAUGUGGGAGUAUAGAAGAAGCUUCAAGGAUCUUUAGUGGGACGGAAAAUGAUGAUAUUGUGUCAUGGACGGCUAUGAUUAAUGGGUACGCUGAACAUGGCCACAGCAAAGAAGCUAUUGAUUUGUUUGAGAAAAUUCCUGGGGUUGGUCUAAGACCAGACUCUGUGACUUUCAUUGGUGUUCUUGCUGCUUGUAGCCACGCUGGACUUGUUGGCCUCGGUUUUCGCUAUUUCAAUUCAAUGGGUGAGAAGUACAGGAUUAAACCUUCAAAAGAACACUAUGGUUGCAUGAUUGAUUUACUCUGUCGGGCUGGACAAUUAAACGAUGCUGAGUGUAUGAUCAGAAGUAUGCCACACAACCGGGAUGAUGUUGUCUGGUCAACUCUGCUAAGAGCAUGUAGGGUACACAGUGAUGUUGAGCGUGGUAGACGCACUGCAGAGAAGGUUUUGGAAUUGGAUCCGAAUUGUGCCGGGACCCACAUUACCCUCGCUAACAUCUAUUCUGCAAAAGGGAGAUGGCGGGAAGCAGCAGACGUGAGAAAGUUGAUGAAAUCGAAAGGUGUAAUAAAGGAGCCUGGGUGGUCUUGGAUUAAGGUCAAAGACCAGGUUUCUGCAUUUGUCUCGGCUGAUCGAUCACAUCCAGAGGGUGAUUAUAUAUAUGGAAUUUUGGAUUUGCUAGCUUCGAGGGAAGAAUUAAUUGUUGAGGAAACGGGUUCUCUUCUAUAUGAUGCUGAAGAUUUGUAGAAGGUUGAGCUUUCCUUUGCUGUACAAUAGGUUUCUCCUCUAACAGUGACUACUCAUUUGAGAGUUUCCUCAGGAAGAAGUUUAUUUUUUGGGUCAAUAAAAUUAUUUGACAUCAUGGAUGAUCAUAAAAACAAUUUAUCUGAAAACUCAACUAAUCUGAAAACUCGGACACACAUGAAUCACUAGUAUGGUUUUCUCCAAAGAUUGUUGUGGACUUCUCCAAAACCGAGCCAUGUGGGCAUUCACUUUGCCAACUCUAGAGAGUGAUCCUUUAGUUCUCGUGUAAUUAUGUUGGCAACUAAAGCAUUUCUCAUGCAUUGGAACAGGAUCUUCAAUCUUAUGCUCCAACUUCCUCAGUAGAGAAUGAAGUUUUUGAGAAGUUGGCAUGCCAUAUGCUGAGGCUAAAGGUCUUAGAAGAGAGAUUGCUACCAACCACUGAUGAGGUACAACCAUGAAGGAACGGACAGAUCACUCGACAAGAAACACAAGAGUUUAUUAAGAACACAAUAAGGAUACAAGCUACAGGAGAGAUGUCUUCUCUCCUCUAACCCAACAUUCUUUAUAUAGACUAAGUGAUGGAUCUUCCGAUUUAAGUUAAAUUUUGAGGAGAAAACUACUCUGAUUGCUUUUGCACUGUUCCAAUGAAUGUUAGUUUUUUUUUUUUUUUGAACUAGCCAAUGUUUGUUAGUUGGGAGUCCCAUAAUUGAAUUCAACCAACCACGGUGCAAGGUAGCAGUGAAGCAACAUGUUUCCAAGUCAAGUCAAGUUGCUAGUCGUUCAGCAGCAUGUUUCUGCUGUAUUGAGGACUCAAUUGUUUUGUUUUGCAACCACGGUGCAAGGUAGCAGUGAAGCAACAUG